AAGAAAGAGAAGAGUCUCUCCAGAUCAGAACACCUCAAGAAACACCAGCAUAGAGGUAUAGGGAAGAAAUCUCACCACUGCUGCUCUGACUGUGGGAAGAGUUUUGCUAAACAGAAGGAAUUGAUGAUUCAUGAGCGGAUUCACAAUGGAGAGAAACCAUACCACAGCUCUCAGAGUGGUAAGAGUUUUGCUGCAUUUAAAAUCUUAAAAUCUAAUCAGAGAAUUCAUACAAGGGACAGGACUUACACCUGCUUUGAUUGUGGGAAAUACUUCAGUCGAUCAGGAGACCUGACUGCACACCAACGCAUACACACAGGAGAGAAGCCUUAUAGCUGUGAUCAGUGUGGGAAGAGCUUCAAUCAUUCAGGAUCCCUGACUAAACACCAACGCAUACACACAGGAGAGAAGCCUUAUAGCUGUGAUCAGUGUGGGAAGAGCUUUAGUCGAUCAGGAGACCUGACUAAACACCAACACAUACACACAGGAGAGAAGCCUUAUAGCUGUGAUUAUUGUGGGAAGAGCUUUGCUCGAGAUUCCACCCUGGUCACACAUCAGCGAAUACACAGAGGAGAGAAGCCUUAUAGCUGUUAUCAGUGUGGAAAGAAUUUCAGGACGUCAGGACACCUAACUAAACACCAACGUGCACACACAGGAGACAAGCCUUAUAGCUGUGAUCAGUGUGGGAAGAGCUUCAAUCAUUCAGGAUCCCUGACUGAACACCAACGCAUACACACAGGAGAGAAGUCUUAUAGCUGUGAUCAGUGUGGGAAGAGUUUUAGAAAUGAAAAGGAUUUGAUCAUUCACAAACGGAUGCACACCGGAGAGAAACCGUACCACUGCUCUCAGUUUGGGAAGAGUUUCGCUGCAUCUAAAACCUUAAAAUCUCAUCAGAGAAUUCAUACAGGGGAGAGGCCUUACUCCUGCGUUGGUUGUAGGAAAUGCUUCAAUCAGUCAGGAGACCUGACUACACACCAGCUCGUACACAAAGGAGAGAAAUCUUAUAGCUGUGAUCAAUGUGGGAAGAGCUUCAAUAAAUCAGGAGCCCUGACUAGACAUCAACGCAUACACACAGGAGAGAAGCCUUAUAGCUGUGAUCAGUGUGGGAAGAGCUUCAAUCAAUUAGUACAUCUGACCACACACCAACACAUACACACAGGAGAGAAGCCUUAUAGCUGUGAUCAAUGUGGGAAAAGCUUCAGUAAUUCAGGCGCCAUGACUAGACACCAACGCAUACACACAGGAGAGAAGCCUUAUAGUUGUGAUCAGUGUGGGAAGAGUUUUGCUCAAGAUUUCUCCCUGACUACACACCAACGUAUACACAGAGGAGUGAAGCCUUAUAGCUGUGAUCAGUGUGGGAAGAAUUUCUGGACCUCAGGACACCUGACUACACACCAGCGAAUACACACAGGAGAGAAGCCUUAUAGCUGUGAUCAGUGUGGGAAGAAUUUCUAUACGUCAGGACACCUAACUACACACCAGCGAAUACACACAGGGGAGAAGCCUUAUAGCUGUGAUCAGUGUGGGAAGAGCUUCAAUCAUUCAGGAUCCCUGAUUAUACACCAACGCAUACACACAGGAGAGAAGCCUUAUAGCUGUGAUCAGUGUGGGAAGAGUUUCAAUCAUUCAGGAGCGCUGACCACACACCAACGCAUACACACAGGAGAGAAGCCUUAUAGCUGUGAUCAGUGUGGGAAGAGCUUCAAUUAUUCAGGAAACUUGACUGCACACCAACGCAUACACACAGGAGAGAAACCUUAUAGCUGUGAUCAGUGUGGGAAGAGCUUCAGUCGAUCAGGAGACCUGAUUACACACCAACGCAUACACACAGGAGAGAAGCCUUAUAGCUGUGAUCAGUGUGGGAAGAGCUUCAAUCGAUCAGGACCCCUGACUAUACACCAACGCAUACACACAGGAGAGAAGCCUUAUAGCUGUGAUCAGUGUGGGAAGAGUUUUGUUCGAGAUUCCAAUCUGAUUGCACACCAACGAGUACACACAGGAGAGAAGCCUUAUAGCUGUGAUCAGUGUGGGAAGAGCUUCAAUCAAUCAUUAGAACUGACUAGACACCAAUGCAUACACACAGGAGAGAAACCUUAUAGCUGUGAGCAUUGUGGGAAGAGCUUCAAUCAAUCAGGAAACUUGACUAAACACCAACGCAUACACACCGGAGAGAAGCCUUAUAGCUGUGAUCAGUGUGGGAAGAGUUUUGCUCUAGAUUUCACCCUGACUACACACCAGCGAAUACACACUGGAGAGAAACCUUAUUCCUGUCUAUGUGGAAAGAGCUUUGCUCAUUCAGGGUCACUAAAAAAACACAAUGCAGCACAAACAUGUUUUAUUUUAUCUCCCUUCUCUCCGGCACCGGUUCCAGAUCCCUAAAUACAGUUUCAAUAGAAAACAUCUUGUAGAGAGUUAUUAUCUCCCAUUCUCUAAGUCUGAUUACCAUAGUAACCUGUGUUGCUAAUAUGCAGCUCUGGAUCUAUAUGUAUCAAGCGUCUUUGAGUAGGAGUCCUGUGUGUGGUGGGGUUUUCAGAGCUGUAUGUUAUUUCAUUAACUCCUGUUAUCCAUUAAAUAAUGUAGGAUAAUGUUUCAACAAUGGUAGGUUCAUAUUAAUGUGUGAGGGAAAUGUUGUCUGAAGACAGAGUCUUGAAUUGUACAUCUUUCCUCAUACAAUCAUUGGUUCCUGUAGGUAGAGAUAUGAGGGGAGACGGUCAUGACCCGCUCAGACCUUUUGGCAGAAGGCCCAGAAUAUGUUCUAUAUGUUAAGAUCGGAGACGGUUCCAGUCACAUGCAGUUUCAGUCACAUGCAGGAACCAAACGUUAAUGAUUAAUUAAUUAUGAAUAAUGUAAAUCAUGCAAAUAUAACUUGUCUGUGUAAGCAGUAUUUUAGAGAACUACCCUGAACGGGACUGCCCCGAAAGAGCUCCAGACCGAUGUGUACUCUGCUGCUUUAAGUUGGUUGGAACCUCUCCAGCUGGCUGAUAAUAAAUCAUUAUUCAUUUAAGUU